AUGAUGGCAAUGAGCAGCUUUCUGAGAGUGCUGGUCAUGAUUGUUUGCUUGGCCGCCAGUACUACUGCUAUCUAUGGCUACAACGAUCUCCAAGCGUUACUGAAGCUCAAAUCUACUGCGUUGUCACGGCGACCCCCCGGCUACUACAGCGGAUUUGAAAUUUGGGAUCCCAAUCGAUAUCCCAUUGAGGGUCCUUCCACCGCGCAUUGCUACUUCUCCGGCGUCACCUGCAACUCGGACUCACGAGUGGUGGCACUGGAUAUCAGGGGUCGGUAUCUCGACGGUCCGAUUCCGGGCGACAUUGGGCUUCUAGCCCACCUGGUCAACCUAACCAUUUCCAGUGCUGGGGUCACCGGUCCGCUCCCCGUUGAGAUGGCAAACCUCACUUCGUUGAAGCUCUUGGACCUCUCCAACAAUGAGCUGAACGGAAGUUUCCCGGCAGAGAUCGCACGUGGAAUGACCCAGCUCCAGGUCCUGGACAUAUCCGGCAACAAAUUCACGGGUAUGUCACGGGUAGCUGGGAUUGCGGCAAUGAAGAACCUAAGGCAUCUAAAUCUGCAGCGGAACCUAUUAUCUGGGGGAAUAUCUCCGGCGAUCGGGAAUUUGACCAAAUUGGAGUCUCUGCUCCUCGACGGGAACCAAUUGUCGGGCGAAAUCCCCAAUGAGUUAUGCAAUCUCAAAUCCAUCUCCAUACUCAGAAUUAGAUACAAUAGCAUAUCGGGAAGCAUUCCUUCAUGCAUUUCCAAGUGUCAUUCUCUCACAGUGCUUGAUCUCAGCGGCAACCAGCUGAGCGGUCAGAUUCCUGAGCUGGUGUCUGAGUCAGGAAAUGGCACUAAUGGUGCAAUUUCAGAACGGUUGUGCAAGUUUAGCAAGCUUAAAUUCCUCUGCCUUCAGGGCAACCAGCUGUCGGGUCAGAUCCCUGCCCAACUCUUUUGUUUGAGUAGCCUACUCAAAGUCGAUCUGUCCGACAACAAACUGAGUGGAGCGUUACCAGCAACAAGUUUCUGGAACUUGGCUGGCCUUGUGGAACUCGAUUUGUCACGAAACAGCCUCUUUGGUCCCAUACCGGAGUCCAUUGGAGGGCUUCCCAAUCUUGAGGUACUGCAGUUGCCGGGAAACAACUUGUCGGAGCUGCCGAAGAAUCUUGGUCGGACGCUUAAACUGGUAAAUGUCUCGUCAAAUCAUCUCAUGGGAUCCAUCCCUCGGGAUUUAUGCAAGGGAGUGCUGCAGACUUUGAUUCUCGACAACAAUUAUCUCACUGGACCGCUCCCGCAAGAACUUGGCCACUGCAAGUCACUGACCACCAUCCAAGUCUCCAAUAACCUCAUCUCUGGUCACCUUCCUCCAAUGUGGACAGGUGCACUCAUGUUCCUUGAACUUUCUAACAAUCGGAUUACUGGCAGAAUUCCUCGAGAUUUAUGCAAUGGAGAAUUGCUUCAGACUUUGAUUCUCGCCAACAAUUAUCUCACCGGACCGAUCCCGCAGGAACUUGGCCGCUGCAAGUCGCUGACCAUCAUCCAAGUCUCUUAUAACCUCCUCAAUGGAACCAUUCCUGCUGGCAUCUUUCAGCUGCCAUCAGCGAACUUGAUUAAGCUGGACAACAACCUCUUCUCCGGCCAACUUCCAUCCUUCAUGUGGACAGGUGAAUUCUCCCGCCUUGUUCUUUCCAACAAUCGGAUUACUGGCAGAAUUCCUCCGACUAUUGGGAAUCUGACCAAAUUAGACUCCCUAUUCCUCGACGGGAACGAGUUUUCCCAUAAAAUCCCUGAUGAGUUUUGCAAUCUCCGAUUCAUCUCCAUGGUCAAUAUUAGCUCCAAUAAGAUUACAGGCAACAUUCCGUCAUGCCUUGCCAAGUUUUAUUAUCUUACUGUUCUUGAUCUCAGUCGAAACCAAUUGUGCGGACACAUACCAUGCAGCUUGGUGAAUGGUACCCGAGCCCUCAGAACUCUGGAUCUUUCUCACAAUAAAUUGUCAGGUAGAGUCCCGAAGCGAUCACCAUUUUUCCAUUCAUCAUUUUCUGGCAACCCGAAGUUGCUCGCCUCCUCAAAAGCUGACUGCUCAUCCAAGGGUUACUCGACGAUAGUAAUCAUAGGAGGCAUAGGCUUAGGGUUACUGAUCUGGUCAACUUUAGUGAUCUUGGUUAUGAAGAUGCGGAAGCAAAGGGCUGUCGAUGAAUCAAUUAAGCCAUGGACCCUCACAAAUUUCCAGAAACUUCCGGAGGAUCUCAAACAGGAGCACAUCCUGGAUUGUCUACUAGAAGAGAACAUAAUUGGAAAGGGCGGAGCGGGUGUCGUCUACCUUGGUUCAAUCCCAGGAGGUGUUAAGGUGGCCAUUAAGCAACCAAUUAAGCGCAACAGCCAAAGGGAUGGCAGUUUUGCAGCAGAGGUCAGAACUCUAGGGCAGAUCCGUCACAAGCACAUCGUUAAACUCUUGGGCUGCGUUUCAAAUUCAGACCGUUCCACAACGUUGCUUCUGUAUGAGUACAUGCCCAACGGGAGCCUGGCAGAGGCGUUGCACGGCCCCAAUGGCGGGAGCUUGAGUUGGGAGAUGCGGUACAAGAUUGCAGUGGAAGCAGCCAUGGGACUGUCAUAUCUUCAUCACGAUUGCUCGCCUCCUAUCAUCCAUAGAGAUAUCAAGCCACACAACAUCCUGCUCGAUUCCGUUUUAGAAGCUCACAUAGCGGACUUCGGACUCUCCAAGCUCUGGCAUCACAGUCGACCUCUUCCUCCUGAAUCGUCGUACCACAUGUCGGUCGUCGCUGGCACCUUCGGUUACCUGGCGCCUGAGUACGCUUACACGCUCAAGGUGGACGAGAAGAUCGAUGUUUACAGCUACGGUGUGGUGAUGCUGGAGCUGAUAUCCGGGAGAAAGGCGGUUGGAGGGUUCGAUGAAGGCAUGAACAUAGUGAUGUGGGUCAGGGAAUUGGCGUCCAAGUUCGUUGGGAAGACGAACGCUGAUGUUGCUGAAUUGGUCGUGCUGGAGAUUCUGGAUCCGAGGCUUGCUGAGCAGCCCCGGUUAGCUAGCACGACUCACAUGCUCAAGAUUGCCAUGAUGUGCGUCGACACGAGGAGCUCUGCUAGACCCACAAUGAGGGAAGUCCUCCAUCUCCUCACCAAUCAUCAAACAUGGAACAUGAUUAUCAGUCCUGAUCAUGAGACCUAG